CCUUCUUUUAUUUCACUUUCAGCCACCCAACAAAAAAAAAACCCCCCUUCUUUAACAUCACUGUUGCAAAAUAAAAACACGUCUUUCUUUUCAACUGUGCACAAAGCUUUCAGGAACACACACACACAAUACCCCCACAGAUAUAUUACUCAUAACAUUAUUCGACUAUAUCAAUCUUUAGACUUUGCCCUACCAGCACAAUUAUCACUUACAGACCAUACACAUAACACGCAAUAUCUCCUCUCUCUCUUUUUACUGUCUCUCACACUUUGCGAGAGAGGGUCGUUAAAGUUUCUCUUACGAUUCAGCAUUCUGUCGCUGCGCUAGUUUAUUUAUUUAUUUUUCUUCAUUCAGCUCAUCUCUACAAGGCGACUUCACAUCAACGGACUGGCUUGUGCAUGUCAUGACCACUGCUUCGCCUCCAACUCUUAAUCUCUUAAUAGGCACACUAAGGGCCAGCCUACAUAAUGAGAAAGCCAGGGACCAGGCUUGUCAGAACCUAAAGGACUAUGUUUCAACAACUUCCAAAGAUCUCUCAGAAGAAGAUUCGACGCGAUUUUAUGGCAGGGUCAAUAGCAACAUUAGGACACUUUUGCAGAGCGCCGAAGCUGAUGAUAAGCUCUGUGGAGCUCUUAUUAUAGAUAGCUUGAUCGGGAUCGAUGAUGACAACAAUCCGGCUCAGGAGACGCGCUUCGCUAACUAUCUGCGUCAGCUUUACCCAUCAGAUGUUCCGACUAUGACAGUAGCAGCACGGGCAUUGGGAAAACUGGCGCAGCAGGGAGGGCCAUUUACGGCAGAUUUCGUAGAGUUUGAGUUGACACGAGCAAUUGAAUGGCUAGCAGGCGAUAAACAGGAAGCUCGUCGGCAUGCAAGUGUAUUAAUCCUAGCAGAGCUUGCAAGGCACGCCAAUGUCACUGUCUUUCCCUAUGUGGGGACGAUCCUAGAUAAUAUCUGGGGAGCUAUACGGGAGCCCAAACAAUCAAUACGGGAAGCCGCAGCAGAUACUCUCAGUGCCGUUUUAGUACUCAUUGCGGAUCGCGUCGCUUCUCAGAGUCAGGAAAACACACGCUGGUACAAUAGGAUUCAUGAUGAAGCACAGCUGGGACUACAGAUAGCAACUGUGGAAAGCAUUCAUGGAUCUCUCUUAAUCUUUAGAGAACUAAUUCUUCAUGCAAACAUGUUUAUGUACGAGAGAUUCAGGGAGACCUGCGAGACAGUCCUAGGACUGAAAGAUCAUCGGGAGAACUUGAUUCGGAGGACUGUGGUCAAUUUAUUGCCUGUACUUGCAGAAUACGAUCCACCAGAUUUCAUUAAUUACUACCUGGAUAGGUCUAUGAAUCAUCUUCUAGGGCAGGCUCAGUUUGAUAAAGAAAGGAGAAUUGUGAGCGACGUGGAUAAGGCAAUGGCAUUCAAUGCGAUUGGCAAGCUGGCACUGGUAUCCAAACGAAAUAUGGAAAUAUAUUUGAGCGACAUCGUGCAGUGCAUCAUGGAUGGACUUCGAUCAAAGAACCGAUCUCGUGCCACAUUAGAUAAACCUUUAUUCAACUGCAUUAGUAUGUUAGCGCAGGCUGUGGGCCCAUUUAUGGACUAUCAUGUUGCGAAGCUCUUGGAUCUUAUGUUUGCAACGGGGCUCAGUGAGCCUUUGAUUCAAUCAUUAACGGACAUUUCAACAUACAUCCCAUAUUCACUUUCUGGUAUUCAAGAGAGACUCCUUGAUAUGAUCUCUUUGUUGUUGAGCAGAACACCGUAUCGAGCUCCAGGAGCACCUCAGCUCAGAAAGGACCAUGCAAGAGGCGGAACAUUCAUUACCGAGGGUCGAAAUUUGGAGACGGUUAAUUUAGCAUUACAGACAUUAGGAUCAUUCAACUUUUCAGGACAUAUGCUGAAUGAGCUUGUGCGGGACUCAUGCAUCAAUUAUUUGGAAGACGGCAACGCAGGGAUCCGGCGUUCCGCCGCACAGACAUGUUGCCAUCUGUUUGCACGGGAUCCCAUCAUGUUCCAGAAGAGUACACAUGCAGUCCAGGUGGUCAAUGAAGUUCUUGAAAAAUUGCUUUUGGUAGGAAUAGCAGAUCCGGAUGCGACUAUCCGACAAACUAUUCUCAGCUCUUUGGAUGAACGUUUCGACCGACAUCUUGCCAAGACUGAGAAUAUCCGAUCGCUAUUUAUUGCUCUCAACGACGAGAUGUUUGUAAUUCGAGAACUUGCAAUUACGAUCCUAGGGCGACUCAGCCAUCACAACCCUGCCUAUGUGGUUCCGCCCCUGCGCAGGAUUUUGAUCGAACUGUUGACAGAAAUCGAGUUUGCUGGAACUACCCGAAAUAAGGAGGAGAGCGCUCGACUGUUGACACUUUUGAUGGCAGCAUCCGAACAGAUGAUCAAACCCUAUAUUGAGACGAUUCUCAACGUGCUUUUGCCGAAUAUUCGAGACAAUAGCCCAGGCCUUGUGUCAAGCGUCCUUCAGGCGCUAGGUGAGAUUGCUCGCGUUGGGGGUGAAGAUUUGUUACGGUACAUGGACCAAUUGAUGCCAGUAUUCAUUGAGAUCCUGCAUGAUCAGAGUUCGCCCACAAAACGUAGCGCGGCUUUGACAGCGUUGGGCAACCUUGCCAGCAGUACAGGGUAUGUGAUUGAUCCAUAUCUCAAAUACCCAGUCCUGUUGGAUAUCCUGAUGUCCAUUCUUAAGACUGAGCAAUCAGUCAGGAUCCGACAGGAGACAAUGAAGCUUAUAGGCGUCCUUGGAGCACUGGAUCCCUAUCGAUACAAACAAAUUAUCAUGGAAUCAGGCGAUUCAAACAAGACGGAGAAAUCCGACAAUUCGGAUGUGACGUUACUGAUGUCGGGUGUGGAGCCUUCUUCUGAUGAAUAUUAUCCAACAGUUGUGAUCAAUACACUUCUUAAAAUAUUGAAGGAUCCAUCACUCAGUCAACAGUAUCAACCAGCAACACAAGCAAUUCUCAAUAUUUUCCGAUCUUUGCAGCUCAAAAUGGUGCUAUUUUUGCCGCAAAUCAUGCCGGUGUAUUUGGCCAUCAUGCAGUCAGGGACGGUACUUAACUUGGAUUUUUAUUUUGAAAAGAUGGGUGCCUUAGUGCAAAUUGUGGGUCUUCACAUCCGGCCAUUCAUUCCUGAUCUUAUGCGCUUGAUCGAGGACAACUGGAAUCACACUCGUCUGCAGGAGCGGAUUAUUAUAUUAAUUGAGAGUAUCGCGAUAGCGCUUGAUGGCGACUUUAAAUCCUAUAUGCCUAAACUUCUACGGUCCAUGCUGGCUGUCUUGGAUUCGGAUAUGACGGAAAAACAUGGUGCUUCCUUACGUGCCCUCCAAGCAUUUGUGCGUCUGGGGUCUGUUGUGGAAGAAUAUAUGCAUCUGAUCGUGCCAGCACUAGUCAAAACGUUUGAGCGACAGGAUGCCCCCAUGAAUCUCCGACGAUCAGCUAUCAGCACCAUUGGAGCGCUUUCAAGGCGGAUUGAUUUCUCAGAUUAUGCAUCUAGGAUCAUCAUUCCGCUAUCGAGGGUAUUGUCACUUCCUGGAACGGAGCUGCGGACUGUUAUCAUGGAUGUACUUUGUUUGCUUGUGGUGCAAUUGAAAGAGAAUUAUGUCGGAUUUGUUCCAUUGAUCAAUAAGAUUAUAACUCAGGAACGGAUUGAGCAUACAAAUUACCAGCUUGUAGUGACAAAAUUGAUGAACCGGGAGCCGCUUCCAUCAACGUCUGAAUUGACAGGGAUGGGGGAUGAUCGUUUUGUAGUGACGACAGAUGUACCCCAGGCAAGACCCGACAGUCGAAAGUUGCCCGUAAAUGCGAUAGCACUUAAACGUGCAUGGGAUACGACAUCGCGUUCGACAAAAGAAGACUGGGUCGACUGGAUUCGUCGUUUGACUCUGGAGAUGCUUAAAGAGACACCAUCUCACUCUCUUCGUGCUUGUGCAGACAUGGCCAACUCAUUCCAACCCUUGGCAAGAGAGCUUUUCAACUCAGCAUUUAUGUCGUGCUGGACAUCAUUAUGUGAACAAGACCAGGAAGAAUUUGCGGCCGCCAUCAAGACAGCAUUGGUGGCGAAAUAUAUAUCACCUGAAGUCAUUCAGACGUUGUUAAACGUAGCAGAAUAUAUGGAGCACGAUGAUAAACCACUUCCAAUUGAGAUCAGCACGCUUGGGAAAUAUGCGCUUAGUUGUCAUGCAUAUGCUAAAGCUUUGCAUUACAGUGAACUUCAGUUCAUGGCGGACCAUUCUACAGCCAGCAUAGAAAGCUUGAUCAGUAUCAAUAACCAUCUUCAACAGCCUGAUGCAGCAGCAGGCAUUCUCACAUAUGCGCAACAUCAUCACGACAUUGAGCUGAAAGAGUCAUGGUAUGAACGCCUACACAGAUGGGAGGAUGCCUUAGCGGCAUAUGAGAAGAAGCAGCUCGAGCAACCCGACGAUCUAUUGCUGUCACUUAAACGUAUGCGUUGUUUACAUGCUAUUGGCGAAUGGGAUGCACUCUCGUCAUUGGCGCAGGAAAAGUGGGGUUUGGCUCCACCGGAUUUCAGACGUGGGAUGGCGCCCUAUGUAGCUGCAGCGGCCUGGGGGCUGGGCCAGUGGGAGCAGCUAGAUGAGUACAUCUCGGCCAUGCAGGACGAAUCUCCCGAUCGGGCAUUCUUUAAAGCUAUUAUUGCUCUGCACCGAAAUCAGUUUGGGCAAGCGGAGGAGCAAAUCCAGCAUACGCGGACAUUACUAGAUACAGAGUUAACAGCAUUGGUUAGUGAGAGUUAUAGUCGAGCCUAUAACACUGUGGUAAGGGUCCAGAUGAUGGCUGAGCUAGAGGAAAUCAUCUCGUAUAAGCGGUACGAAAACCAGCCUGAACGACAGGCGACCAUUCGCAAGACUUGGAUGAAGCGAUUGUUAGGAUGCGAACGAAAUAUUGAGAUCUGGCAAAGAGUAAUCAAGGUUCACGCCAUGGCUUUGACUCCGGCAGAGGAUAUGGUCAUGCGAAUCAAAUUCAUGAACCUGUGUCGCAAGGCAGGUCGUUUGAGGUUAGCAGAACAGGCCAUGGUUUCACUGAUGGGUCGUGAGACCACAGACAUGGAGUUUGUCAAAAUGAUCCAGGUGACUCCACCUCAGGUCGUGUAUGCGAAACUGAAAUAUAUGUGGGCAACAGGAGUGCAUGAGCAAACGCUGAAGUGCUUGAGACAGUUUACAGAUCGAUUGGCGUCAGACUUGGAGCACAGACAAGGAACAGGGACUGAGCCAAAUGGUAUAGCGUUGACAGCUGCAAAUCCCACGCAUGGAAGCGAUGAGGAUUUUUGGCGGCUGUUGGCUCGGUGCUAUCUAAAGCAAGGGGAGUGGCAAUUUGCGUUGCAGGACGGAUGGACUCCGGCAAGUGAUUCAAUCGAUUAUAUUUUGUUGCAUUAUUCGAAUGCAAAGGACCUUGACAAGAAUUGGUACAAAGCGUGGCAUACAUGGGCCUUGGCGAACUUUGAUGUGAUUUCGUAUUAUGAGCGUAACACUGCUACAGCAAGUGUCAAUGCUGGUGCCGGAGCCAGCCGUGGUAUUCCUUAUGUGAUCCCAUCGGUCACUGGUUUUUUCAGGUCCAUCGCACUCUCAGCUGGGAACUCUUUGCAGGAUACACUUCGAUUAUUGACAUUGUGGUUCAAAUUUGGUCAUCGGCCAGAUGUGAGUGCAGCUCUUGCUAAGGGAUUCCCAACCGUCAAUAUUGACACUUGGUUGCAGGUGAUCCCACAGUUGAUCGCCCGUAUUCAUGCGCCCAGCCCGAAUGUUCAUCGAUUGAUCCACAAGCUGUUAGCGGAUGUCGGAAAAGCUCAUCCGCAAGCAAUGGUAUACUCAUUGACAGUGGCUUCAAAGUCUCCAAGUGUGUUCCGCAAGAACGCGGCGUUGGCGAUUAUGGAUAAUAUGCGAGCACACAGCCCUGUGUUGGUAGAUCAGGCAUCCAUGGUCAGUCAAGAGUUACUUCGAGUCGCUAUCCUCUGGCAUGAGAUGUGGUUUGAUGGUCUAGAAGAAGCCCUGUCACUGAGUGCUCAGGGUGGUGAGAAUCACAUUGAGGCUAUUCUGAAUGUCUUGGAGCCCCUCCAUAUAAUGACUUUAAAGAGACCUGAGACUCAUCAUGAAGCAUCGUUCGCAAAAGCAUUUGGACGAGACUUGAAGGAAGCAUAUGAUCGUUGCUUACGCUUUCGCCAAACUCGUGACUUUAAUGAGUUGAAUCAAGCCUGGGGCAUUUACCUCCAAAUCCAUAAGCGGCUCAAAGGCUUGCCAAGACUCAACACACUAGAGUUGCCUUAUGUAUCCCCUCAAUUGCAAAAUGCCAGGGACUUGGAGCUAGCGAUCCCCGGUACAUAUAAAAGUGGUAGUCCUGUGAUACGGAUUGCUUCGUUUAACCAUGUAUUGCAAGUUAUGAGUUCUAAACAAAAGCCUCGGCGAUUAGUAAUGCGAGGAAGUGAUGGCCGAGAAUAUGAGUUCUUAUUGAAAGGACAUGAGGAUUUGAGGCAGGAUGAGCGUGCAAUGCAAUUAUUUGGGCUGAUCAACACCUUACUGGCAGCGGACCCAGAGACGUUCAAGCGACAUCUAGGUAUCAUUCAGUACUCAGUAAUCCCGUUAUCACCUAAUUCAGGCUUAAUCGGAUGGGUCCCCGAGACGGAUACGUUGCACAAGUUAAUCGAGGAAUAUCGUCGAAGUCGCGAUCUGUCAUUAUAUAUCGAGCAUCAAUUGUUAAACCAGACAGGCUCGGACAAGACGUAUGAUCAGCUUCCGUUGAAGCAAAAGAUAAAGCUGUUUGACAAUAUGUUGAAAAAGACACCUGGAGAUGAUUUAUACAAGAUUUUAUGGCUCAAGAGCCGGAACUCUGAGGUCUGGUUCGAAAGGAGGACCAAUUACACCAGGAGUCUGGCAGUUAUGUCGAUGGUUGGACAUAUCUUGGGUUUGGGAGACAGACAUCCUUUAAAUAUCAUGAUGGAAAGGAAUACAGGGCAUAUAGUUCAUAUUGAUUUCGGAGACUGUUUCGAGGUUGCGAUGCAUAGACCUCAACUCCCAGAAAAAAUCCCGUUCCGCUUGACAAGGAUGUUGGUGAAAGCCAUGGAAGUGAGUGGUAUUGAGGGCAGCUUCAGAAAUACAAGUGAGAAUGUAAUGCGAGUGUUGCGUGAGAAUAAGGAGAGUGUGAUGGCUGUGCUAGAAGCCUUUGUGCAUGAUCCAUUGAUCAACUGGAGAAUCUUACAUACCAGCCCUGGACCACAGCCCGCGAAAACACCAGCAACAACUUCAAAGUCUGCUGCAUCUGCCCAACAGCAGCCACAACAGCAACAGCAGCAGCAACAGCUACAACAUCAGCAACAGUCUGUACAGCCUGUACGUCAUCCAAGUGUUGUCCAGGGCUCGUACAAGGACCAAGCGCGCAGUAUGCGCAGACCACUUCCAAGUGAACAGGAGUUGGUCAGUGAGAACACGGAACUUGAAAUUCUUCCAGAGCAAUUGAAUGCCCGUGCGUUGACCAUUUUGAACAGGGUUACUAAUAAGUUAACAGGACGGGACUUCAAUCCAGACGAAACCUUAGAUGUUCCUUCACAAGUAGAGAAAUUGAUCCAGCAAGCGACAUCAACUGAGAAUCUAUGCCAGUGCUUCGUGGGUUAUUGUGCAUUCUGGUAGCAUACUUUUUAUCCUUUUCUUUUUUUAUGCCAUAUUAUCUAUACGUUCAUGUUAGCUCCUCUAUUUCAAUACCGUGUACAGAUAGACUUUAUUGGGAAACCAUGUAUCAUACUCGUUUUUUUCUUUGUUUCUAUAGUAACCAUGAAAUGCUACCAAG